AUGGGAAAGCCAGGCGUGUGGGCGGGAGCAAAGGCAGAGAUCGUGUAUCCUCUCGCCGGUGCAGCCGCAGCCAUGGGGAAAGUUACGGGCCGGUCCCCAGCGGGCUGGCGCGUUGCUCUGCUCGCCGGGACCUGGCUUGUCCAGUUCCUCGGCACCUUUGGCACCGGCGGGGCCGAGAUAACCUGCCGCGCCUGCCUGGCCCCGGGGAAGCCGCCUCGGCCGCAGCGGGGAUUAUUAUUCGUGGCCGGGUGGCCGGGCCGCGGGGAAGAGGCGAGGCGGUUCCCGGCGGCUGCGGGGAAAGUGACCUCCCCGGCUGCUCCCAGCCCGGAGAAACCGACUGGCCAUCCCGACCCUAGCGCAUCCCCAGCGCGCCCCGGCCUGCCCCGCGCUCCCCCCCGCGGGACUGCGCCCGCCCUGCCCGGCCGGCGAGGCGAAGAGCGGACCCCGGCGGGGCGUGCGCCCCGCGGCAGCCGGCUGCGAAGGAGCCAGGCGGAGCGGAGGCGAGCCAGGGCGGUCCCGGCGGAGCGGGACCAGCAGGGCAGGGAGGCGGCGGCAGCAUCCCCCGAGCCGCCGCAGGGCAAAGCCACCCGCUUCGGGCUGGAGGAGCUGACGCUGAGCAGCAGCACCUUCGCGCUGACCGGGGACUCGGCGCACAACCAAGCCAUGGUGCACUGGUCCGGCCACAACAGCAGCGUGAUUCUAAUUCUGACAAAGCUGUAUGACUACAACCUGGGGAGCAUCACCGAGAGCUCGCUUUGGAGGUCAACAGAUUACGGGACAACAUAUGAGAAACUGAAUGAUAAGGUUGGCCUGAAGACUAUUUUGAGCUACUUGUACGUCUGCCCAACCAACAAGCGCAAGAUUAUGUUGCUGACUGACCCGGAGAUUGAAAGCAGUUUACUGAUUAGCUCUGACGAAGGGGCCACGUAUCAAAAGUACCGUCUGAACUUCUACAUCCAGAGCCUGCUGUUCCACCCCAAACAGGAGGACUGGAUUCUGGCAUACAGUCUCGAUCAGAAGUUAUACAGUUCGGUUGAGUUUGGCAGAAGAUGGCAGCUGCUCCAGGAGGGUGUCGCACCAAACAGGUUCUACUGGUCUGUGAUGGGUUCCAGUAAAGAGCCAGACCUUGUGCACCUGGAGGCGAAGACAGUGGAUGGCCAUGCGCAGUACAUCACCUGCAGGAUGCAGAACUGCACCGAAGCCACCCGGAGCAAACCGUUUCCAGGUUACAUUGACCCCGACUCCCUGAUUGUGCAGGACGAUUAUGUGUUUGUUCAGUUAACAUCGGGAGGACGGCCACACUAUUACGUGUCCUAUAGGAGAAACACGUUUGCACAGAUGAAGCUGCCAAAGUAUUCUUUGCCCAAGGAUAUGCACGUUAUCAGCACGGAUGAGAAUCAGGUGUUUGCAGCCGUGCAGGAGUGGAACCAGAACGAUACGUACAACCUUUAUAUAUCUGACACCAGAGGGGUCUACUUCACGCUGGCCUUGGAGAAUGUCAAGAGUAGCCGCGGGCUGGAGGGUAAUGUGAUGAUCGACCUCUAUGAGGUAGCAGGGAUAAAGGGAAUGUUCUUGGCUAACAAGAAGAUUGACAACCAAGUGAAAACUUUCAUCACCUACAACAAAGGAAGAGACUGGCGCUUGCUACAGGCUCCAGACACUGAUCUGAGAGGAAACCUUGUUCGUUGCCUCCUACCCUAUUGUUCGCUGCACCUUCACCUAAAGGUUUCCGAGAACCCGUACACUUCAGGAAACAUCGCCAGCCGAGAUACUGCCCCUAGCAUUAUCGUGGCUUCUGGUAACAUAGGUACCGAAUUGUCAGACAACGACAUCAGCAUGUUUGUUUCAUCGGACGCUGGGAACACGUGGAGACAGAUCUUUGAAGAGGAGCACAGUUUUUUAUACCUGGAUCAAGGUGGUGUCCUGGUUGCCAUGAAACACACAUCGUUGCCUAUCAGACAUCUAUGGUUAAGUUUCGAUGAAGGGAGAUCCUGGAGCAAGUACAGCUUCACGUCCACCCCACUCUUUGUUGACGGGGUAUUGGGUGAGCCCGGCGAGGAGACUCUGAUCAUGACAGUGUUCGGACACUUCAGCCAUCGCUCGGAAUGGCAGCUGGUGAAAGUGGACUACAAGUCAAUUUUUGACAGGAGAUGUGCAGAAGAGGACUACCGGCCGUGGCAGCUCCAUAGCCAGGGAGAAGCGUGCAUUAUGGGAGCGAAACGGAUCUACAGGAAACGCAAAUCGGAGAAGAAGUGCAUGCAGGGAAAAUACGCUGGGGCCAUGGCAUCGGAACCAUGCGUUUGCACGGAGGCAGACUUUGAUUGUGAUUAUGGAUAUGAGCGUCACACCAAUGGCCAGUGUCUACCAGCGUUUUGGUAUAACCCGUCAUCCUUGUCAAAAGACUGUAGCUUUGGACAGAGUUAUCUCAACAGCACCGGGUACAGAAAGGUUGUGUCUAAUAACUGCACCGAUGGCGUGAGAGAACAGUACACAGCUAAACCCCAGCAGUGUCCUGGCAAGGCCCCCCGCGGACUGCGUAUCAUCACCUCGGAUGGGAAACUGACUGCAGAACAAGGGCACAACGUUACUCUCAUGGUGCAGCUGGAGGAGGGCGACGUCCAAAGGAUGAUCAUUCAGGUGGAUUUUGGAGACGGCAUCGCCGUGUCCUACGCCAAUCUCAGCUCGAUGGAGGACGGGAUCAAGCACGUCUACCAGAACGUGGGCAUAUUCCGAGUGACCGUGCAGGUGGAAAACAGCCUGGGAUUGGACAGCGCUGUCCUGUACUUACAUGUAACUUGCCCCCUGGAACAUGUUCAUUUGUCUCUCCCGUUUGUUACUACCAAGAACAAAGAGGUCAAUGCUACGGCGGUACUGUGGCCCAGCCAGGUGGGCACGCUGACUUACAUUUGGUGGUUCGGGAACAACACCGAGCCACUGGUCACCCUGGAGGGGAGCAUCACAUUCACAUUCUCUGUGGAAGGGAUGAACACGAUCACGGUACAGGUCUCGGCAGGGAACACCAUUCUGCAGGACACAAAGACUAUUGCAGUGUAUGAGCGAUUUCAAUCUCUCCGCUUGUCGUUCUCGCCAAACCUGGAUGAGUACAACCCAGAUAUCCCUGAAUGGAGGCGGGACGUCAGUAGAGUGAUCAAGAGAGCUCUAGUGGAGGCAACAAGUAUUUCAAACAAACAUAUCCUGGUCGCAGUCCUGCCUGGUUUGCCCACAUCCGCUGAGCUCUUCAUUUUACCGUAUCAAGAGGCCACGGGAGAAAACAAAAGACCAGCAGAAGACCUAGAGCAGAUUUCAGAAAUAUUGAUCCACAAACUGAACCAAAACUUGGUCCAGUUUGAGUUGAAGCCUGGGGUUCGAGUCCUGGUCCAUGCGGCCCAUUUAUCAGCAGUUCCCCUGGUGGACCUCACGCCCAGUCACAGUGGUUCGGCCAUGCUGAUGCUGCUAUCUGUGGUGUUUGUGGGAUUAGCCGUUUUUGUAAUUUACAAGUUCAAAAGGAAGAUUCCGGGCAUUAAUGUUUAUGCACAGAUGCAGAAUGAGAAAGAUCAAGAGAUGGUCAGUCCAGUCAGUCAAAGGGAAAGCAUGCCUAAUGUCCCUCAAAGUGAACUGAUGAGCCCUGAGCAACUAGUAGAUGAGAAGUUGGAUACCCGGCCCAUAGGAAGUAUUUCCAUAGCUGCUGAGACUCAAAGCACAAAAGAAAUCCCUACCUAUGUAAAUGUUUGAACCCAGGACACCAGUACAUCUGUAUAUAGAUAUAGAUAUAUAUAUAUAAAAAAGAAAAACUCACUGCAUUUGGACUUUUUAAUUCUUCGGACGACAAAAGGUUUUUAGCUUUAAUCCUGUGCAUGUGGACAUUAUACCCAGACCGUGGUUGGAAUUGCAGUGUACAGGUGCUGUAUUUUAAUAGGGGGAAAGGAGAUCACCUGUUGCCCCCAUAGCCCUUCCCCUCCCCCACAGCUCACUUUCCUCUCAAUCUCUUAUUUGUAGACAGUUCAUAAUGAUAGUGGCCAGCAAUGUGCAUGGGGUCUUUUUGAAGGGUUGGGGGUGGGGGAAUAAGGGUAUUUGGCUUUAGAGUUAACUGCUUUUUUAGCACUGCAGGCGGUGGGUGGGGUAGCUACCCCCAGCCAACUUUCACGAGCCACACAGAAAUACACAGGAGUAGACACUGCACCAUUUCUGGGCCGGUUUGGUUUUUGUCUUCGUUUGGACCUUCACUUUCUCCGUCCUUCGUUCUGCCGCCUAUGACUGCUCGUAGCUCCCUGUAGCGAAGCCAGGAAAUCAGCCCCUCAGCUGCAAAGCCAGAUGCUUUCUUAAAAAAAACUGGUUAGCCCAUUCACACUAUGUGGCAUGAUCCAGAGGCAGCCCCCAUGCAGGCCGCCCAAUCUCACGGCAUGGCACGAUGAGCCGGGAUGAGCUUCUACGGCCCGUAGUCCUGCCCUGCAAAUAUCAUGACCCCAGCUGCCUCCCACUACCCCUUCUGGACUUCAUUCUCCAUCGUGUGUGCAGUCAAUUAGACCCGUGCAAAGGGGGGGGGGUAAAAUGCUGCCAGCUCACCCAUGCCCACUUUGCAUGGUCUAAAUCACAGCACAAGAAGGCACCCACAAACAGUGGAUUCAGACCCCCACCCCUACUCCCUGCCGCUCAGCAGCGUGAAUUUCCUGCUUCUGGGUCAAGGGCUUGGCUCUAGCUCAUAGCCUCAGCCUCCUGGCAACCUGUCAGGGCCCUCUCCUUCCUCAGGUGUCUCACUGCUGUAUGUCUGAGUGCGUGGCCUCCCCACACUUCCUCUCCGUAUCCAGUACUCCCAGUGCCAUGGCGGCAGUUCCUCACUCUGCGGCAUGUAGCUAGAGCAAGCGCAUUCCAAAUACUUAACCGGGGUGUUAAGGGUUUGGAAAUAUAUGUCCAUUAGCCUGGCUCUUGGCCCUGUGUAAGGUAAUUGGCUGGCCACAGUAAGUCUGCUCACCACUUCCAGCAGGGACUUUUAGCAGCUAGACUGUAAACCCCUGCUCAGCCCGAGGAAAGAUUUCAGGAUUGGACCCGUCGUGGUCCCUAUGAGAGACCAGUGCAGUCUCAGACCCAUAGGGAGCUGGGUUCAAAGUCUGCUGAAAUCCAAAUGAUCCGAAGGACCAGCGCUGCUUUUAAGCACAGCCCUCAGAACAGCUGGGGGCGGGAAGGGCAUGCAGCUACAGCAUACGCCAGAGGGUAAAAGUCAGGUACAGAUCAUGGCUCUGAAAAAAGGGUGAUGCUCACAGGGAAAAGGUCAGUCCCACCCUCACCCACUGGGCACCCUCUCUGCCUAUUUAUCCUUUCUGUGGAGCUACAUAAGUCCAUUAGCCACAGGCAUUGACAUCACUCACUAUUGUAUUUGCAACUACCGCUUUAAGCAAGAUGGGAACGUCGUUGGUUUUUUUGCAGCCACUGUAUAAUAGCCCCCAGGAUUCUAACUGGCCCUUGAAGUCUGGCAUUAGCCAACUUAUUUUUAUAGUAAGCCACUUAAAAAGUUUUCUUAUAGUCUUGGAACUACUGCUGAUUUUAAAAUGACUUUUUUGAUGUAUUUUUUUCUUGGUUAAAGAUAAUGUAGUG